AUGGAUGCGAUGGACAUUGACUUUGAGGAUUCCCAUACAGCUCCCUGUCCACUUUUGAGCAGAAGGGACUUGGUAGAAUUCCGAACUCCUCAUGUCUUGGUCAAGCUAGGCUUAGAGCAAAACCAAGGCCCACUGGACAUGCAGCAGUGCCUACGGUGGCUGGAGAGCGUACCCUUUCUUGGAAAGCGGGCCAAGAUUGAAGCCGUCUAUCCAAGCUUUUCAACAUUGAUCGUUCUGUCGAUGCUGAUAUCUGUCUGGGAUAUGCUUCCCGACCACCCUUCUUGUACAUUCAUCGGAUAUAUUACUGGGCCUAGCUCCCAUCCGGAGUCAGCGAAAGCAAAAGGGCUCUCCACUGAAUUCCCCGAGGGCCGCCUCUCAAAUCCGUCGGCCGCUUUUGGACCCGGAGAAGUUGCAAUGGCGAAGCAAUUUCCCGGGCCUGAGUUGCCUUCCGCCAGACCAUGGUCACAUCGCAGUCUUGCGUCGAACCUGACAGCCGACUCCGGUUAUCAGGAUUCAGAUGAAUAUCAACCACAAACUUACGCCGAACUAAUGUUUAAGAGCUGCCUGAAGAGCUCGAACCUAACGCCCAAACCCAAACUCAAGCCCCCAAUUAACACACCCAAAAACUUGCAUGACCGCAUGCUUGACCUUAAAAAUGACGUUCCCGACUCGGUUCAAUCAACUGCUCUUCCCACCAAUUUCGCAACCCAGAGCCUAUCUGAUGCUGAGGAUCUUAUACCAACGACAUGUUCCCGCUGUCGAUUGUACAAAACUCGAUGCCGCAGGGAAACGCCGCAUUCCAUCUGCGUUUCUUGCAUUGCUGUGGGCAACCUGAAUUAUGAGGUAUUCCUUGAGUUUAAAUGA